AUGAUGCUGGUUGUGGAAGGGUGGUGGGUGGUGGUGGCAGCGACAGCAGUGAAGGUGGUGAUGGUAGCAGGGGCAGUGCUGAUGAUGGAGGUUGUGAGGUUGCAUUGCAGCAUCAAAUCCAAUUCUGUUCAUCUCUAUUUUCUUUGUUUCAAUGUAUUUAACAUAUUGUCCCUUCACUUUGAUUUGUCAUGUAACAAACUAACAGGUGAAAUACCUUUUGAACUAGGGAAGUUAAGUAAUGUUCGUGCACUGAACUUGUCUCACAAUCUCUUGAUUGGACCCAUCCCGAAGACCUUCUCAAACCUUACUCAAAUAGAAAGUUUGGACCUUUCUUACAACAAUUUGAGCGGAAACAUCCCAACAGAUCUAAUCAAUCUAAAUUUUUUGGCAGUGUUCAUUGUGGCUCACAACAAUUUAUCAGGUAAAAUAUUAGACAGGAAGGCACAGUUUGGGACCUUUGAAGCGAGCAGUUAUGAGGGAAAUCCAUUUCUUUGUGGACCACCAUUGGAGAACAAUUGCACAGCCAUUGUUGACUUGCCAUACUCGCCAACAACAACAUCCUUAGAUGAAACUAAGGGGAAAUGGUAUGAUAUCGAUCAAGUGGCUUUUUCUGCAAGUUUUGUCGGAACAUACAUUACUUUCUUGUUUGGAUUUGCUGCUGUUCUUUACAUCAACCCGUACUGGCGACAAAGGUGGUUCUAUCUGAUUGAAGAGGGUAUGUGGUCAAGUUAUUAUUUUGUUUGUAAUACUGUUUACAAGCUUUUACGUUUUCAGCCUUCUGUAUAAUUAGCUAUGCAUGGUUUGUUUUCAUGGACAAGCACAACAAAUGUUUGUAAUAGUUAACUUUCUAUUUCUUAUGAAUAAAAAACAAC